AUGCUGCCACACGGUCUAUCUCGCCAUAAAAGUUGCCGUCUUCGGUCUCUCCAUCCAUCGGAGACUCGCAAAAUCAAAUGCUCCAAAAUGGAUCUCCACUUCGCGGCACAAACGAUUCUCCGCCGUCUCGAAGCCUCUCUCCAACAAACCACCGGUGCUCAGUCAACGCGCAUCAACCAUCCACCAACCUCCACCGACAAUAGAUUCACCCCAAAUUGUCCGCUCUCACUCUCUGAGUCAAGAGAAAGUCUUGACACGUUCUCUGAUUUCGAAUGCGGGAUUGAAUUACCGAGGGACCACGUAGCGUCAAAAGAUCGCCGGAGAAUGAGGGAUCUGGCGGAAAGCCGCAAGCCGCAUGCCGUCGCCGUGAAACUAUGCGGCGAGACCGAUGAGGUCUUGGAGAUUCUUGAGGAUAGUGAAGGGAAGAAUAUGAAGUUCGUAAGUGAGGUUCAAGAGAGAGAUGGUAAGCUCUGGUUUAGGUCUGUGUUUUUGCUUCCGUUUGGGUUCUCGAUCGUUGGUGAUUUAUACGAUUAG